AAGGUUAACCAUUAAUAUAUGUUGUUUAAAACUGUGGUGCAGUCGUCUGGACACAGUGAGAUAACUGACAUCAACAUGGCUGAGUUUGGAGAGAUCCUGCAGAACAUUGGAGAAUUUGGAUUAUUCCAAAAGCUCAUUCUGGUUGCCCUUUGCGGUCCAAAUUUCAUUCAGAAUUUUCUUUUGGCAAGCCUUGUUUUUAUCCAGUCUGAUCCAGAGCGACACUGUAACACAGACUGGAUCCUUCAGGCUGACCCUAACCUGACCACAGAUGAGCAGCUGAACCUGACUCUGCCCCGGGAGGAGGAUGGGACCUUCAGCAGGUGUCAGAUGUUUGUUCCUGUGGACUGGGACAUUGGAGACAUCAGGGAGUACGGACUCAAUGAGACCACAGGGUGCCACAAUGGAUGGGUCUAUGGCAACAGCCUGUAUGAGGCCACCAUAGUCACUGAUUUUGAUCUUGUUUGUGACAAAGCUAAUUUGGUGGAAGUGACACAAGCUGUGUUCUUGGGCGGUGCUGUUGUUGGUGUUUUAAUAUUUGGACCUUUUGCUGAAUCGUUUGGCCGCAAACGAGCAACUCAGGCUUCAGCAGUUUUAGGGUUCAUAUUUUGCGUAACUACAGCGCUAUGUCCCAAUGUUUACUUAUAUAUGGCAUCGCAGUUCUUGGUGGGACUUGGAAUUGGAGGAUAUCGAGUCAACUGUAUUAUAUUGGUUACUGAGUGGAUCGGGCCAUCCAAAAGAUCAUGGGGAGCAUGUGUGACUCUGCUAUGUGCUGCAAUCGGGCAAUGUGUCCUCGCUGGUGUGGCCUACGCCAUCCGACACUGGAGACUAACUCAACUAAUCACAGCAGUUCCACUUGCAGUACUUGCCAGCUACAUAUGGUUUAUUCCGGAGUCAGCUCGAUGGCUGUUAAGCAGAGGAAGGAAAGAAGAGGCGAAACAGUUGAUUGUCAAGGCAGCAACCAUCAACAAACGCACUGUUCCAGACUCUCUUUUGGAAAAGAUUGUGAUAAAUGAUGCUGUGCAAAAAGGAGGUAUAGAAAUCCUUUUCAGGUCUUCUAUCCUGACCAGAUAUUUCUUCAUUGUUGUAUUGGCAUGGUUUUCAGUGAACCUUGCCAUCUUAUCCCUGUACUUCAAUAUGGAAACAUUUGGAUUGAGCAUCUUCUUGACACAGCUAUUGUUUGGUGCUAUUGAAAUACCAGCUAAUUUAUUCGCCAUGUGGCUGUUGGAGGUUUUUGGGAGAAGAAUAUCAUCCAUAUCACCACUUUUGGCAGGAGGACUUGCUUCAGUCUUACUGCUAGCUGUUCCUGAAGGACAUGCCAUUGCUUUUACAUCUUUAGCUGUUGCAGCUCGUUUUUUUCUGAUCUGGGCUGGUUCUGUAACUGCUGUCUUUACGCAGGAGCUGUUUCCGACAUCUGUUCGACAAUCAGCCACAGCUUUAGGAUCCAUGUCAGGAAGACUAGGUGGAUUACUGGCUCCACUGCUCAACAUCUUGUCCAUCUACCACUGGUCCAUACCCACCACAGUCCUCAGCAGCUUGACCCUGAUUAGUGGAGCGCUCUGCUUCCUGCUUCCUGAGACCAGGAGAAAAGAGCUUCCUGAGUCCACUGAGGAGGCUGAGAACAACAGAAAUGUGACCUCCACAAAAACAGAAAGUCUCAAGCAAGAAUCAACCAAGUUGUAGACAUGUAUCUGAUGAUUUAUUCUUUAGUACGUAAUGUUUUUGCUUAAAACAAUACAUCACUCAUCACUAACUGUACAUAAGUGCAGGGACUGCCCAUUGAGUCUCAUUUAGGUAAUUAAAUCAUUUAAAAAUCAGAUUUUGGACGACAUGACUGUUUGUCUGACAAGGCAGGAUAAAAUAUAUUUUUUAAAUAUAUAGAAAAAAGUGAUCAGUAUCAGAAAGCCUUUAUUGUCAUUGCCCAGGGUAGUACAACGAAAUUUGCCAUCAACCCGUCCAAAACGUAUAAACAAACA